GGAAAUCGGAAUCGACCAUCUGGCAACACUGAUUCAACAUGGCCGAUUUAUUUUACAAACACAAAAACACAAGAUACACUUAAAUACACUAAGCUGAAAUUUUUUGUUCGUACAUUUGCCAAGGCAUUAAAAUUCGAAACCGUGGAUACCGUGGUGGCCAACGAACUCUUCCAAAUGGAAGCAGGUUAUUCUCAAAAAAAUUUACAAAACAUGGCCGACUCGAGCAAGCUUCUGCUGUCAUCGCAGCAGGAAAAACCCAACCAUUACACCUACCUGAAGGAGUUUCGCGUGGAGCAGUGCACGUCGUUCCUGCAGCACAAGUGUAAUCAACACAGACCAUUUGUCUGUUUCAAUUGGCAUUUUCAAAACCAGCGGCGUCGGAGGCCCGUGAGGAAGCGCGACGGUACCUUCAACUACAGCGCGGAUAAUUAUUGCACCAAAUACGACGAGACCACGGGCAUCUGUCCCGAAGGCGAUGAAUGCCCAUUCCUGCACCGAACUGCUGGAGACACAGAGCGCCGGUACCAUUUACGCUACUACAAAACAUGCAUGUGCGUCCACGACACGGACAGCCGCGGAUACUGCGUCAAGAAUGGACUCCACUGCGCCUUCGCCCACGGCAUCCAGGACCAGCGCCCACCGGUCUACGAUAUCAAAGAGCUGGAGACCCUGCAGAACGCCGAGAUCACCCUGGACAGCACCAAUGCUCUCAAUGCCCUCGACAAAGAGCGCAACCUAAUGAACGAGGACCCCAAGUGGCAGGACACCAACUAUGUGCUGGCCAACUACAAGACAGAGCCGUGCAAGCGCCCGCCGCGCCUCUGCCGCCAGGGAUAUGCCUGUCCCCAGUAUCACAACAGCAAGGACAAGCGCCGUUCGCCUAGGAAAUACAAGUACAGGUCCACUCCAUGCCCCAAUGUUAAGCACGGCGAGGAGUGGGGCGAACCGGGCAACUGCGAGGCCGGCGACAACUGCCAGUACUGCCACACACGCACCGAGCAGCAAUUCCAUCCGGAAAUCUACAAGUCGACCAAGUGCAACGACGUCCAGCAGGCCGGCUACUGUCCACGCAGUGUCUUCUGCGCCUUUGCCCAUGUAGAACCUUGUAGUGUGACAGAAGAGUCCUGGGAUCAGGAGCUCUCGCUAAGCGAGUUUAUUUCCAAUGCUUUGCCCGAUCUAAAGGCCUCGGAUGCGCAUCAUUUGGGUGACAAUUUGAAAAUUGAUUGUAAUAGUACCAAUAAAAUGUUGGUAGAUGCUUUGGGAAACACAACAAAUUCCAGCAAAUUUUUAAGUUUCUCACGACCCGUGGACAGUCGUUCAGCUUGCUCAUUGGAAGAGAACUCAUUGUCGGCGAGUCUGGCCAAUACUAGCUUAUUAACACGUUCCUCGGCGCCAAUUAACAUUCCUAAUACGACUCUAAGUAACUCAAUUAACGAUUUCAACUCAGGUGGCUUCGCCGUCAACAUUCCUAGCAGCUCGCUCACCUACAGUCCAACCAAUCACGCCAAUCUCUUCAACGUGGACGCUUUUAACUAUGGGGGUUCCAAUAAGCUCAGCAACUCCCUUUCGGCCGCCACCCAAAACGACAGCAGCCUCUUCUUUCCAUCGCGCAUUAUUUCACCAGGCUUUGGCGAUGGUCUGUCCAUCAGCCCCUCGGUCAGGAUAUCCGAGUUGAACACCAUACGCGACGAUAUCAACAGCAGCUCUGUGGGCAACAGUUUGUUUGAGAACACUUUAAAUACGGCCAAAAACGCUUUUAGCCUCCAGUCACUGCAGUCGCAGAACAACAGUGACCUGGGACGUAUCACCAGCGAACUCCUGACCAAAAAUGCCCAGAUCCACAAGCUGAACGGGCGCUACGAGGACCUCGCUUGCAAACUGAAGAUUGCCGAGCUACAUCGCGACAAGGCCAAGCAGGAGGCGCAGGAGUGGAAGGAGCGCUACGAUCUAGCUCAGAUUCAGCUGAAUCUGCCCGCCGAGCUAAGGGACUUGUCCAUACAAAAACUGAAGCAAUUGCAGUCAAAGCUGCGCACUGAUUUGGAGGAAGUCGAUAAAGUAUUAUAUUUAGAGAAUGCCAAGAAGUGUAUGAAGUGUGAGGAGAACAACCGCACUGUCACCCUGGAGCCGUGCAAUCACCUGUCCAUCUGCAAUACCUGCGCUGGCUCCGUAACCGAGUGUCCCUACUGUCAGGUGCCGGUGAUGACCACCCACACCUAGAAUAUGUUUUACCAGCAACAGGACCACAAAUGGCCCUUUGGCUGAAAAUCGGAUGGUAGAGGUGGUUUAUGGGGAUUUUGAUGGGGGAUCAAGACCGCGAACAGCAUGACAAUGUGUUACACACAAAGCAACCUUUAGUCGUAAGUUAAAAGAUGAAACUCUUGAUCAGAUAUGUGCUGACACUGGCCCACUUGUGUGUGUGUGCAGUAAAGCGUUUAUAAUUUAUGUAUUUCCACUAUGCGAAUUAUUGUCAUGAAUAUUAGAAAUUACUAGGCACAAACUAUUGAUUGAAUUAGGUAGCAUCUCUAAAAUUAAUUUGUAUCACGUUUGUUUACAGGAAAUUUUCAAUUUGUACGUCUGACGAUUAUUUUAACGAGCUAAACGAAUUUGCAAUAUCUCAUAUUUUUUUUUUAAAUAUAUAUUAUUUUUGUCUCACUAUUAAGGUUGCCACAGAAACCUCUUUCAAUUUAAGUUUUAAGAAGAGUAUGCAACGAUGUCUACUAUUUACCAAAAUCAGUGACUUGCUAGAGUUUUCUGUGGCUGCCUCCCCUGUAUUUGUAUUUAAAUAUGAUACACUUUCAGUCAUAUUGUACUUUUUACUAGUAUUACUUAUGAAAUUAAGGAACUAAACAAUUGCAAGUGGUAAUUGUUAGGAAGAUAUGAUACAUAUAUAAUAUAUUAAUUUUUCUAGACACUUUUAGCAAUUGACUAUUAACAAAUUUAUAGUAACCAACAAAUUAAUCAAGUUGUCGCAUACAAAGCAGCCAACAAAUACCACAAACAAAACCACCAGUGAUUUUAUAUGAACCGAUUUUCAAAAUAUUUUAUAUAUAUGUAUGUGUGUUUAAAACUUAUGAAAAACAAGAAGCAAAACUCAAAAGCCAAGACAAGCGUCAAAACUGCAACUGACAGAUCAUUAAUCUUAGUCUUUAGUUUCUCACACUUUAACUGCACAAAAGUCAUUAAGGACAAUUAAAUUGAAUGCGACAACGCUUUUUCUUAUCGUAAUGUAAUGUUCAUUUUGUUUUAUGAAAACCAAGUUGAAUGUAUUUUAUUUCGGCGUUACUGAGACACAAAAAUUGCAUACUUACUCGUAUACUCUUAUACUCUCAUUAGGUUACUUUGUGAUUUGAAUAGUGCUUUAAGUACUUACUUUGCAGCUGACUUUACUUUCAUCUAACUUGCAUAUUCUCAACUGGAUGCUUCCAAAGUAGUAAAAGCAAAAAACCAUAAAAUUAAACAAAAAAAAAAGCAAACAAAUAAUUAUAUAUAUAUAAAAAAGAAAUUCAUAAAUGUCAGAGCGUAUUAUUUAAGGUAUAUAUGAAAUCAAGCAUUUGGCUGAAGGUACAAGAACGAAAGGAAAUGAAUAGGUAUUUAUAUAAAAAUUGCAUUUGGGCGUAGAGUCGAUGAGUGUGAUUUAGAAAGCGUAAACAAUAAAUGUAACUCGAUACAGCGAAACGAACAGAGUUUAAUGAAAAAUGUUAACCAGAGAUAAUGUGAAGCCGUCUUCAGAAACAAUUGUAUUUUUCUUAUGUAUUGAGAAAUAAAGCUAUAAUAUGUAAUCAAUUCAAUUAGCUAUUAGAAACUGUUGAACGACGAAUACUGUUAGCUAGUUGAGUUGAAUUGAUGGAACGCGUAAUCAAAACGGGGACAGUUUUGGGAAUGAAUUGAAAAUGCAACUGCAGAGGCAUUUAUUGAACAGGGAGUGGAGAACUAUUAUGAUAUACAAUAUAAAAAAUAUAUAUGUAAACAAAAAUCUAUAAAUGUGUGUUAAAUUAAAAAUGCUUUAAUAGUUUAUGACAAAUGUGUACACCAACAAAUACAAAUAAUACUAAAAAUCACGACAAACUAAAAGAGAGAUAAUUGGUUUAAAUGGAGCUGUUGAGUCGCAAAUUAAAGUGGGUGAAAACACCAAUCUAACGUGCAUACUUACCUCUCAGAAUAUAUAUACAUACACCCCUCUGGUCCACGAUCGGGCACAGUUUGAACAUUUACUUUAUAAAUCUUUACGAAUAUACUUACCUAUCGACUAGCGGUUGGAGUCUCCAACAUCAAUCCAAAUCAACCAAUGCAAAGCAAUUUUACAUGUCAAGAAAUCCAUUUCACGCCAUCUCAACUGAGAAGAAUCAAAGCAGAAACCCAGAGCAAAUAUAUAUAUUGUAUAUACAUAUAUAUACAUAUAGAUGACACAUGUAUUUUGUAUACGCUACUGUAAGAGUGAUUUUUAUGUGAUUUUGAAACUACUUGAAUAUGUGAUCCAGAAGUAUAUGAAAAAUAAGGACAAGAAAAUACAAAAAAAAAAAAAACGAAAUAAAUCGAAAAAAUAUUUAUAUAUAAAUGCAAGAUCGCGACAGAAAACAGCAACAAGAGAAAUCAAUUAUAAACCAACUUGAUUUUAUGUACCACAACUACUACAUAAAGAAGAAUCUAUUCGAAAAGCUCCAGCUCCAUUUUAAAAACAUAACACCAGGGAAAAGGGGAGAAUUUUAAAAUUAGGCAACCGCAGUACACGCUGAACAUUAAAUAUUGAGAGUUUAAAUGUUUAGACUAUUAAAAUAACACCUUUAUUGUGGCACCUUCCCAAUUGUUGAAUGGGGAGAGCUCACCCAGAAAAUCUCCCCAAGUUUUGAUGAGUUUUUAGAGCGCAAUUGGGACUGUGUUGUAAUUUAAAUUCAAACAGCAAAAAUCACAAAUUAAUGAACAAGAAAUUAAAUGUCUAAAAUAUCAAAUUGAAUUAGUAGCUAGUUUAGUAGGAUUGGUGAACCACAAAUAAAAUAAAUUUGAGACAAAUUGACACACAUUAAUGAAUCACAAAGAGCAACACAAAGCAAAGGCAUUACGUCUCUAGUUCUAGAACAAUAAACAAAUAUUUGCUACCAAUUGUUUCAUCUAGUUAAUAACUAAUUAAUUAACAAAUUCUAGCAAACUAUAAUUAAUUGUUUAACGAAGAGAGUUAAACGAAAUUAGCAAACCAAAAACAUGACAACUCCGAACACCGAACAGGAAUUUUUGAUGAUGAAAUCGCGAGGCAGAGACAGAGCAAUUUGUAACCGAAAGUCUUGUAUUUUACAAAAAAUUAUAAAUUAAAGGAUUUAUGCAAUUUGUGCGAACCAAGCCCACACAGAGACACACUCAAUAAUCUAAAAGAGAAAAACAAAAGACACCAGAAACAAAUUUCAAUAAAAUUAUUUUUUUCUAGAAUAUUAUAAUACAAAUGUGUGUCAAGACCUAAGUGAACUAUGCCACAAAAUAUUUGAAACUUUUACUAGAAAUAAACGCUGAACUAAUUUCGAAGCAAUUCGACAGCUCUACAUAAGUUAACUUUUACCUAGCCUAGGCCAUAGGAAUUACAACAAAUAUACUACGAACUAUUUACCUAUUAUAGAAUAUCUAUGAAAAUAUUACCAAUUUAAUAUUUUUGUUCACCCUACUUUCUGUACUCUAACCAAAAAGAAUCGAAAUUGAAUUCCUGUCAAAAGAUAUUAAACCCGCUGCACUGAUAUGGCUCAAAUGCCAUAAAGCUCUCGAUAUGCAUAUAAACAUUGUUAUCGGUAAUCAAUAGCUGCAGUCUGAAAUGCGAAUUUAUUUUUAUCAGAAUCGGAAUUACCUUCAUAAAACAUUAUUUUCCACCCUAUUUCUCUUCCAUAUUUUCGUAAUUUUGAUUCAUAAUUUUGUUUUUCUGUAGUAACUCGCUUUGUUUCGAAAUGUUGUGUGUGUUGUUGCAAAAGUUAGCAAUUAUAUUAAAUAUAGAUACUUAUUAACACAGAGGCGAAUCAGAAUCAGAAAAUUUGAUGACUAGUAGUAUUUUUAGGGUUUGAGGAACGAACAAACCGAAACGAAUGACAAAACGACAAACAAUAGACUCCGACUCUAAAGAUACCCUUCCACAUUGUAGACAAUGCAACCUUAACAAAUCAAUUAUGUAACUAGUUAUGCCCUGCAAAGGAAAUGAAUACAAAUAUUUGAAUAUUUAUGAAAAUAUAUAUACAAUUAUGAAACAUUACGAUAGCAUUAUCAAAUUAUUACACAGGCCAAAAGCAAAAGCUCUGCGUAUUUUCACCUUCUCUCUAACCGAAGUCUAGAACAUAAAUCGGUUCCAUCAUCCUCAGGUUCCAAGACAUGCCUAAUAAUAUUGAUUAUUCUAGAAGGGUUGUAGAGAAGGUGGAACUAUUCGAGGAUAAAAAUAAAAGUUAUAUUUGGUCGGUCUGUGUUUAAGAAAAUUGUGUAGCAAUUUAGUUAUGUACUUCAAGUAAAGAACAAAUGUUUGUCUAAGGUGACCACAAAGCAACAAAAGCAUCUGCCUCAAUCCGAGUAUACACACCUCUAUAUAUAUUUAUGAUCCUAUAUAUUGGCAAUAAUCGAGUACGAAUGGACGAGAGCGAGGCAGCCAUGGCUAGAGUUUCUAUUUAGGCAUUUGCUAAGGAGAGUUACUACAUGUAAACUAUGCAAUUAACAAAUUGAUAAAUACAAAUUACUAUUUAAAAGAAAGAUUAAUAAAACCGUGUUUAAAGCAUGA